UUAGAGAGAGAGAGAGAGAGAGAGAGAGAGCAACAGUUAAAAGAGUAGAGGAAGAAGAAAAGAAAAAUGGUGAAGAAAGAGGACUUCUUCUUCAACAAUAAUGCUCUUUCUGCAGAACAACAAGAAGAAGAAAACGAUCAUGGUGAUAUCUCUCGCUCUGACUUCCCUCCCAACUUUGUUUUCGGCGUCGCCACUUCUGCUUAUCAGGUUGAAGGAGCCUGCGAUGAGGGUGGUAGAGGUCCUUGUAUUUGGGAUGCCUUUACACACAUUUCUGGAAACGUUAUUGAUGGAAGCAAUGGUGACAUUGCAGUGGACCAGUAUCACAGAUACAAGGAAGAUGUUGAACUUAUAGCCAAGUUAGGAUUUGAUGCUUAUCGCAUUUCCAUAUCAUGGUCACGCAUCUUCCCUGAUGGCUUGGGAACCAAGGUCAACGAAGAAGGAAUUACUUAUUAUAAUAACAUCAUUAACUCUCUGCUUGAAAAAGGUAUCGAGCCUUAUGUGACUCUGUACCAUUGGGAUCUUCCCUUGCAUCUUCAUGAGACACUGGACGGGUGGCUGAAUAAGGAGAUUGUCAAAUACUUCAGUAUCUAUGCAGAUACCUGCUUUGCAAAUUUUGGCGAUAGAGUUAAAAACUGGAUUACGUUAAAUGAGCCCCUUCAAACUGCUGUGAAUGGUUAUGAUGUUGGAACAUUUGCUCCUGGAAGAAAAGAAAAACCAGAAACUGAACCAUAUUUGGCGGCACACCAUCAACUUUUGGCUCAUGCUUCUGCCGUUUCCAUAUACAAAAGCAAGUACAAGGAAAAACAAGGAGGAAAAGUGGGUAUGACUGUUGAUUGUGAAUGGGCAGAAGCUAACUCUGAUAAAAUUGAAGACAAAAUUGCUGCUGCAAGGCGCAUUGAUUUUCAGCUCGGAUGGUAUUUAGACCCAAUAUAUUAUGGAGACUAUCCCAAAGUCAUGCGCGAAAAACUUGGACAUCGACUCCCCAAAUUCACAGAGGAAGAAAAGGAGUUGCUUACAAAUUCUCUUGACUUUGUUGGUCUGAAUCAUUAUACAACAAGAUUUAUUUCUCAUGUAAAAGAAAGCCCUGAGGAAGGCGAUUUUUACAAAGCACAAACAAUGGAGAGAAUUGUUGAAUGGGAAGGUGGUGAGCUGAUUGGUGAGAAGGCCGCAUCAGAAUGGCUUUACAUGGUUCCUUGGGGAAUUCGAAAGGUUCUCAAUUACAUAGCCCGAAGAUACAACAAUCCCCCUAUUUAUGUUACUGAGAAUGGUAUGGACGAUGAAGAAAAUGAGACCUCUCCGCUGCAUGAAAUGCUAGAUGAUAAACUGCGAGUCGUCUACUUUAAGAGAUAUCUUGCUGCGGUUUCUCAGGCAAUAAAGGAUGGAGCGGAUGUGAGAGGACACUUUGCAUGGUCAUUGCUGGACAACUUCGAGUGGGCUCAAGGUUAUACCAAGCGCUUCGGCUUGAUCUAUGUCGACUAUAAGAAUGGCCUAACUCGCCACCCAAAAUCCUCGGCUUAUUGGUUCUCGCGCUUCUUCAAAGGCGGUGAAGGUAAAAAAAGCAAGAGUGACUGAAUUCUCAUGGAUGGAAUAACCGGCAAUUUUGUAUGCUUGGAGAUUGCAUUCUAGUUAUGGGGUUAGCUUCCUGGUUUAUAUUGUAUCCUGGUUCAUUAUUGUAUUGUAUCUUUUAUUAGUAGCCUGCCUUGCUUUCCACGGUAAAUUGCAAAUGGCUUUGUAAUAACCCUUUUGUUAAAGAUAAAAGUUCAGGAGGUGAUUCUGAGACCAUUAUUUGUCAAAAUAAAUAAGAUGAAUGCGACGUUCUCAUU